CUCUCGCUGACUCUCUCAUAUGCUCCUCCCUCGCUCUUCGCACACCUAACCACCAAAUGUAAGCAAAAUUAUUCAGAACACACCCACGCCACAUUCUUCUUCUCUCUCUCCUCCCAAUCAACCUCCAUGGCUUCCACUUCCUUUCUCUGUCCAAAACACACCACCCUUUUCCUCCCUACCCACCAACUAUCCAACAACUCUGUCUCUAACCUCACUGAUUUAUUCGUCCGAUUCCCAAACUCCGGUUCUGUCUCUUUCCGAUCCGAUUAUGUAUCGUCGUUGUCUCAUGUUCGCCCAAAGCGGAAGCAAUUGAGGGUGUGUGCAAACUCAGCUGCCCAGGUGAUGGACCAGUCGCCGAGUAAAAUGGGUUCUAUGGUUCGUACCAUUGUCAAGGUCGAUUUGGGUGACCGGAGCUACCCGAUUUAUAUCGGAUCUGGACUUCUCGAUCAACACGAGCUUCUUCAGAAGCAUGUUCAUGGCAAAAGAGUCCUUGUUGUUACUAAUACCACAAUUGCACCGCUAUAUUUGGAUAAAGUUGUUACUGCUUUAUCCGAUGGGAAUCCAAAUGUUACUGUUGACAGUGUAAUUUUGCCAGAUGGUGAACAAUUUAAGAACAUGGAUACUCUAAUGAAAGUAUUUGAUAAGGCAAUUGAGUCUCGUUUGGAUCGACGUUGUACAUUUGUUGCCCUCGGUGGCGGCGUCAUUGGUGACAUGUGUGGAUUUGCUGCUGCUUCCUUCCUUCGUGGAGUUAAUUUCAUUCAGAUUCCUACAACUGUUAUGGCACAGGUGGAUUCUUCCGUUGGGGGCAAAACUGGAAUAAAUCACCGGCUUGGGAAAAAUUUGAUUGGUGCAUUUUAUCAACCACAGUGUGUGCUCAUAGAUACUAACACAUUGAACACGUUACCGGAAAGAGAAUUAGCAUCAGGGCUUGCUGAGGUUAUAAAGUAUGGGCUUAUUAGAGAUGCUGAUUUUUUCAAGUGGCAAGAGAAGAAUAUGUCAGCAUUGCUUGCAAGAGACCCUAGUGCAUUGGCGUAUGCUAUCAAGCGUUCAUGUGAAAACAAGGCUGAGGUCGUGUCCUUAGAUGAGAAAGAAAGCGGUGUUAGGGCGACAUUGAACUUGGGUCAUACUUUUGGCCAUGCAAUAGAAACCAGUUAUGGUUAUGGGCAGUGGCUCCAUGGAGAAGCUAUAGCAGCUGGCAUGGUUAUGGCAGUUGACAUGUCAUACCGCCUCGGUUGGAUUGAUGAUUCCAUUGUGAACCGAGUUCAUAAGAUCUUACAAGAGGCAAAGCUACCCACUGCUCCUCCUGAAAUGAUGACCGUGGAGAUGUUCAAGUCAGUCAUGGCGGUCGAUAAGAAGGUGGCGGACGGGUUGCUAAGGCUCAUCCUUUUGAAAGGUCCGCUAGGCAAUUGUGUUUUUACCGGUGACUAUGACAGAAAGGCCCUGGACGAAACACUACAAGCUUUUUGCAAGUCCUGAUCCUGAGCCGGGCUGACUAUGUUCCCAGCUCUCAGGUUUUUGUAUCAGUAUCUUCGUGUUGUUGUGUAUUUUACUUGGCUUUUCUCUUGGACUUCCCUGUUUCUUAGUGGUAGAAAUCCUUCACCACAUUGUAUAUUAUAAACCUCAGAAUAAGCAGGAUUGCCCGGUCAAUAUAAUUAUUUCCAGAUGAUUGUUAUUCUACGUUUGUUUUGUAUUUUAUUUUAAU